CUUCACAUCAUCUCUGCUCCAACUGAACACAAUUAUCUUCAGGUUCAAUAGAGGACACAUCAGAAUCAUCAUAGAAAUGUCUCUAGGCUCUGUUGUCAUUCUUUACUCACUUUAUUUAGUGUCAGUGUCAGGGCAGAAAUUGGACCAAGACAUUUCAUGGACUAGGAAAAAGGGAGAGGUUGUCUCCUUCAGCUGCAAAGACUAUGACCGGUGUAAAACGUUUCUCUUGUGGUUCCAGAAGAAAGAGGGAGAAACUUUUACCUAUAUUCUUGCAAUCUUUAAGGAUGACUGCACUAUCUUUGACAAUAUAGAAUUUCCUCAAAAAGACGAUUUCUCAGCCAUGAGAAAGAAGAACAACUGUGAUCUGAAGAUCCAGUCAGUUAAAGUGUCCCAUUCUGCCACCUACUACUGUGCCUGCCGGGUCUCGGGAACCCACAUCAAGCACCACCUACCUCUGUUUUCGGAUUUCAUCAAUGAAUUUACAACAACCUGGCCCAACCCGCAUGCAUCUAAGCUGAUGCUGCAUGGGCGUGCCCCCUUCAUGGAGCUGGAAGGGAUGGAAGGGGCAGGGCUGAGAGUUUUCACAGUGUAUGCUUAUGAAUUUGGCUCUGGUACGAGACUCUAUGUGACAGACAAUCACGUACGUAAACCCAAAGUGACGGUCUACCCAGCGUCCAACCCUGAGUCGAAUGGGAAGACCACCCUGAUAUGUCUGGCUAGAGACAUGUUUCCAGACUUGGUCAAGAUCUCAUGGAAGAUGGAGGAUGAAUACGGCCAAACAGUGGAGGUGUCCAAAGCAGAGACGGAACAGCUAGAGCAGAGGGAGGAAGGACAGACGACCAGUAUGAUCAUCAUUGAUAAAGAGAAUGCGUACAAGAACAAAUACAGAUGUUAUGUGGAGCAUGAAGGGGACCCUCAAGAUGUUGACAUGCUAAAAGAUCCCUUCUCCUUCAUGUGCAGUCUGAACCUGGCCUCUUUGGUUUAUACAGUGAUGAUAGUGAAGAGCAUGGUGUACUGCUGUGGGCUCUCUCUCCUGCUGCACCACAGGAACAUGGGGAAGUGGACACAACACCUGUAGAAAGGAUACCACCCAGUAUGGAUCGAGUUGUAGUAGGCUGGGAAAAACAUGGAUUUUACAUCCCAUUGAGGUCUAACAUUUCAUUUGUAGGCCAAUUUUCUUAUUUUUUUUAGCUUUAUAUUUAAGAUGC